UGAUGCCAAUGUGUUAUUGUGUCUGCCUAAAAAUUUGGUGCAUAUAGGCGUCAUGUAACUUUUAAGGCAUUGCAGUCUUUUUAUUGUUGUGAUAUGCUUUGUCGCUGCAUUUUAUAUGUUGCACACGGGUGAGCACUUUUUUUUUUUUUUUUUAAAUAUAUUAGUAUGCCCAUGUUGGCAAUAUGUGUUAUGAGGAGGGUGAAUGGGUGGUGUUAUGAGAGGAAGUUAGGAGAGAGAAGGUAUGAACUGCCACCAGGUGAUCUUGGUUGGCCUUUCAUUGGCAAUAUGUGGUCCUUCCUUAGAGCUUUCAAGUGCAGCAGACCUGAAUCUUUCAUCUCCUCUUUUGUUGACAGAUAUGGGCAUGGUGGAAUGUAUAAAGUUCACAUGUUUGGUAAUCCUAGUAUAAUUGUUACCACGGCAUAAGCAUGCCGGAAAGUUCUAACUGACGAUGAGGCCUUCAAGCCGGGAUGGCCAUCUUCAACGAUGAACCUUAUUGGGAAGAACUCGUUUGUAGCGAUUUCUGAUGAAGAGCACAGGUGGCUGCGAGCAGCCCCCGUGAAUGGACACGAAGUUUUGUCCUUGUACAUGAAAUACAUCGAAGACAAUGUCAUAGUCGCUUUAGAAAGAUGGGCAGGCAUGGGAAAGAUGGAGUUCUUGACUGAGCUCAGAAAGCUCACAUUUAGAAUAAUCAUGUAUAUAUUCCUGAGCUCAGAGAGUGAGCAGGUCAUGGAGGUAAUGCAGAGGGAGUACACCAUGCUCAACUAUGGCGUUCGAGCAAUGGCAAUCAACAUACCCGGAUUUGCUUACCAUUCUGCUCUCAAAGCGCGUAAACGGCUGGUGGCUGUUCUCCAAUCUAUAGUAACUGCACGAAGGGAGUGGAGGACAAAGAACCCUGUAGGGUCGAAGAAAGACAUGAUGGACGCGCUGAUGGAUGCUCAAGAUGACAAGGGUCGAAGCUUGAAAGACGAGGAGAUCAUUGAUGUUUUAGUUAUGUAUCUCAACGCGGGCCAUGAAUCGUCUGGACACAUCACUAUGUGGGCGACCCUCUUCCUGCAGAACCAUCCCGAUGUCCUCCAACGAGCUAAGGCAGAGCAAGAACAGAUUGUGAAGAAAAGGCCACCUGGUCAAAAAGGCCUAACGCUUAAAGAAAUACGCGAAAUGGACUAUCUUGAUAAGGUAAUCGAUGAAACACUUCGUGUGGUGACAUUCUCACUCACGGUGUUCAGAGAGGCGAAGAAAGAUGUCCACGUCUGUGGCUACACAAUUCCCAAGGGAUGGAAAGUGUUGGUCUGGUUCAGAGGUGUUCAUUUCGACCCUGAGACGUACCCUGAUCCGAAGAAGUUUGAUCCUAGCAGAUGGGAUGGAUUCACACCCAAGGCAGGGAAUUUCCUUCCUUUUGGUGGAGGAAGCAGAUUGUGCCCGGGGAAUGAUCUUGCCAAGAUUGAAAUCUCCAUCUUUCUGCACCAUUUUCUGUUGAAUUACGAGCCGCCAUAAUCCUGCUAGUCCGUUGAUGUACCUACCGCAUACGAGGCCUAAGGAUAACUGUCUUGGAACUAUUACAAGACGCUCUGCUCAUAAAUAAUUAAUCAUCUUCUGCAACUACCUUUUCUCUGCUUUCUUUUUCACUCCAUUUUGUUAUGUACAGAGACUUGGAAUUUGCCCUUCUUUAAAUUAUCAAAACGGACUUCACUUGCUGCUGCAGAUUAUUGGAUUACAUUAAUUUUAUGUCUACUUUUCAAAAAUUUGCAGUGGAUAAUUUCAGACCAAAGCGUUUGGAAUAAAUUUUGAUCCUUGGGGAAAAAA